AUGGCUCAAACUAUAAGAGAUCUUGACAGCAACAGCGAUGACAAUCUUCCCAGCAGACAAGAUACUACAUUCGAUGGGAUAUCUGAUCCAACUGGCGAACCCGAGUACACAACGGGCACCAAAUUCUGGCUGCUCAUGCUCACCGUGGCUGCGGUCCUCAUUCUUAUCAGUAUCGACAUGAACAUUGUUGCCACAGCCGUUCCCAGUAUAACCGACCAUUUUCACACCAUUGCCGAUGUGGGCUGGUAUUCCUCCGCCUUCCGACUUUGCCAGUGCGCUUUCCAGUUUGUUUUUGGUAGAGCGUACCAGCUCUUUUCAAUCAAGCGUGUCUUUCUGCUCGCCAAUGCCAUCUCUAUAGCAGGCUCACUGCUCUGUGGGGCAGCCGCGACAUCGCUCAUGCUUAUCGUUGGGAGGGCAGUCGCCGGCCUCGGCACGGCGGGUCUACUGGCCGGAUGCUUCGUGAUCCUCGUCCACUCCACACCUCUCCACAGACGACCCAUGUUCACGGGCAUAAUGAGCGCCAUUGAAGGGCUGGCCACGCUCUCCGCCCCCCUCCUGGGCGGGGCAAUUGUGCAGUCGCUGGGCUGGCGCUGGUGCUUCUACCUCGACGCGCCCAUCGGCGCCGUCACCCUACUUCUAACGACGUGCUGCUUCUCCGACCCGCCCAAACCCGACCACCUCGCCCGCAUACCCCUCAAACAAAAGCUCACCCAGCUUGACCUCCUCAGCAACCUCUUCUUUGUCCCCGCCCUAAUUGGCCUCUUCCUUGCCUUCUCCUGGGCCGGAACCAAGUACCCCUGGUCCAGUGGCCCAGUAAUCGGACCCCUCGUCGCCUUUACCGUCUUCAUAACCGCAUUCACCUACAACCAAGUCCGCCGCGGCGACACCGCCGCCCUCCCCCUCCGCAUCCUCAAACACCGCAGCAUCAUCGCCGGCAGCAUCUUCAUCAUGUGCGGCAACAGCACCGGCAACGUCCUCGAAUACUACCUGCCCACCUACUACCAAGUCGUGCGGGGCUACACCCCCGCCCAGAGCGGGUACAUGAUGCUGCCCAUCAUCAUCGCAGGCACCAUCGGCGCCCUUGCGCAGCUGAUUAUUUACACUGGUUUUUCGGGUCUGGGAUACGGGAUCGGAUUCUCGGGCCCGCAGAACGCCGUUCAAACCGUUCUCCCAGCGGAGGAUAUGCCGCUGGGCACGUCGGUGAUGCUGUUCGCGCAGUCAUUCGGGCCGGCGGUCGCGGUGGCAAUCGCGCAGGUGCUGUUCGUGGAUCGGAUGGGGCUCACGCAGAUCGUGACGGGGUUGGCGUCGGACAAAGCGGCGGAGGCGCGCGGGGCGAUCGAUCGCAGUAUCGUCCAGACGUGGUAUCUGGUCGUUGGGUUGGCAUGUGCGACGGUGGUGGGGAGUUUGGGGAUUGAGUGGCGGUCGGUGAAGGCGAGGCGCGGGUAG